CAUUAAUUGAAUUAACUAAGCCAGUUUUAAUGCAUUAGUGCCAGUGUAAAUACAUAGAGAUAUGUAUUUACUCCUCGGCCUGACACUACUGGGGGGCGUUAUCGCCGUCCCUUUCACUCCCAACACCGAGCUCCGGAACCAAGAACUAGCCGCUCAAUAUGUCCUCCCAGGAGAAUCCUUCCCAACAUUCUAUGACGUCAGACUCUUCCUUAACCCGGACAACCCUGACAACUUCACCGGUCUCGUUUCUAUAAGAAUCCUAGCUAACUAUGACACAAAUGUCAUUGUCCUUCAUGCUAUGGAAACAGAUAUCAAUAGCAUCAAUGUUUACAGAGAUGGCAAUGAAGACGAAGACUUAUUUAAUAACUACGAACUAGCUACUGAUGAUACUCAUAUACUUAAGAUCAAUUUGAAUAGAGCAAUCAGUCCUAACGAGCCUUAUGUCAUUCAUAUUGAUUAUGUGGCGAGAUUUGCUGAGAAUAUGUUCGGAGUUUAUUUGUCUACGUAUACGAAUGAUGACGGUACCCCGGCGCGUCUUAUAACGUCGCAGCUGCAGCCGACGUUUGCACGUCGCGCGUUCCCCUGCUACGAUGAACCGGCGCUUAAAGCCGUCUUCAGGACUACUAUAUACGCCCCUGCUGCGUACCCUGUCGUCGUCUCUAACAUGCCUUUGAGAGCGACGAAUUUGAAAGAAGACGUCGCCGGCUUCGUAAAACACGAAUUCGAAGACACGCUACUGAUGUCUACUUACCUCCUCGCUUACCUCGUGUCCACAUUCGAGUCUGUCACCAACGCCCAAGUCUCGCAAUACCGCCUGCCUUUCCGAGUGUACACAAGGCCCGGUAUUCUGAACACCGCUGAGUUCGCCAUGGACUUUGGACAGAAGAACAUGGUUGCUUUGGAGGAGUAUACGGAGUUUGAAUACGCGUUCCCUAAACUGGACAACGUCGCUGUACCGGACUUUGCUGCUGGUGCUAUGGAGAAUUGGGGGUUGAUUGUUUAUAGGGAAGUGGCACUUCUCGUCACAGAAGGCGUAACGACCACCUUCACUAAGCAAAACAUCGGUCGCAUAAUCAGUCACGAAAACAUACAUCAAUGGUUUGGCAACGAGGUUGGACCAUCUUCAUGGACUUAUACUUGGCUGAACGAGGGUUUCGCUAACUUCUUCGAGAGCUUCGCUACUAAUUUGGUGCUACCAGAAUGGCGUAUGAUGGACCAGUUCGUUCUGCUCCUUCAGAGCGUGAUGCAGAACGACGCAGUCCUCAGCGUCAACCCCAUGACCCACCCUGUAUAUACGCCCUCACAGAUCCUUGGCACAUUCAACGCCGUCGCUUAUCAGAAAUCGGGCUCCGUCAUUCGCAUGAUACACCACUUCCUCACGCCCGAAGUGUUCCGGAGAGGGCUCGUUAUCUACAUACAGGCCAACUCCCGUGCUGCCGCCACGCCAUCGAACCUCUACGCCGCCAUGCAACAGGCCCUUUCUGAGUCUAACCACUCUAUUCCUUACCAGCUGGAUACAGUCAUGACCCAGUGGGAAACCCAGGGCGGUUUCCCGAUCCUAAACGUGAGACGUACUUCGCCUGAGUCAAACUCGGUAUUUGUGGAUCAAGAACGUUACCUAACCGACCGCUCCCAGUCAUCCUCUGAGCGCUGGCACGUACCUCUCAACUGGGUACUGUCUACAAACAUCGACUUCAGUGACACUAGCCCGCAAGGCUGGUUGCCACCAUCUUUCACUGCUACGUCCUUCGACAUCCCCGGUCUGUCCAACGCCGAGUGGUUCAUCUUUAACAAGCAGCAGACUGGUUACUAUAGAGUGAACUACGAUCCAUCUAACUGGGAGGCUUUAACGAAUGUCCUGGCCGACUCUCAUGAGACCAUCCACGUUCUCAACAGGGCUCAGUUGGUCGAUGAUUCUUUCAACCUGGCUAGGAACGGUCGUCUUGACUACCAACUCGCGUUCCAACUCUCCUUGUACCUGGAGGACGAGAAAGACUACAUUCCCUGGGGAUCAGUCCAGCCAGCCUGGAACUACCUGGAUGUGGUGCUUAGUGGCUCUGCUGCUUAUGAGAUUUUCCAGGAAUACGUCUUGAAACUCACAGCACCCAUGUACGAAGAGUUGGGUUUCAACGCCUUAUCCACCGAGGAAUUCGUGACCGCCUACCACAGAAACAUCAUGCUGGACUUCAACUGUCGCUAUGGCAACCAAGACUGCCUUGAUAAGGCGUCGGAGCUGCUGCAGCAGUUCAGGGAAAAUCCUUCUCAGCGCCUCAACCCUGACAUCCAGACGACAGUCUACUGCUCCGGUCUACGCGGAGGAGAUGAAGACAACUUCAACUUCUUGUGGCAGCUAUUCGAAGCCAGCACAGACUCCAGCGAACAAACCAUCUUGCUUAACGCUAUGGGAUGCACGGGCAAUGAGGAUAUUAGGCAAAAUUAUCUGAACCAAGUGAUCGAUGACUCGUCGCCCGUGCGAGAGCAAGACAAACAUACGAUCGUCGUGUCCGUCAUCAACUCGAGUCCUCAGGGCAUGGAAGCUGCUUUGGAUUUCGUCAUUCAACACUGGCCUGAAAUUCAACCCAGAGUGCAAGGUUUGACUGGCACAACCAGCAUCCUCAACGCUUUUGCCAGUAGGCUCACAACACAGGCACAUUUGGACAAAAUCAAUGAGCUGGUCACCCGUCACCAAGCCAUCCUCACCGCCGGCGAGCAAGCCUCCAUUGGCGCCAUCAGGGAAAACGUCGCCGCCUCCAUCGCCUGGUCCACAGAUAACUACGCGCGAGUCAACUCUUGGCUCCGCCUCACCUUCAGAAGCAGCGCGACUGCUCUCACUUCUGGCGUCCUAGUCUUCGUCUCUGUUGUUGUUGCUGUGUUUAAUUAUUAAAUUUUGUAAAUGCUGUCUUGAGACGUUGAGUCAACUUACUAGAUACUUAAGCAACAAGUGUGAUGUGAUCUUAAUUACAUAGUUAUGUUCCGAAAAAUUACAUAAUAAAAUAAUUUUAAAAAUA